AGCAAGCACUAUUGGAGCCACUCAGAGCCAGCACUAUUGGAGCCACUCAGAGCAAGACCAGCACUAUUGGAGCCACUCAGAGCAAGACCAGCACUAUUGGAACCACUCAGAACAAGACCAGCACUAUUGGAGCCACUCAGAGCAAACACUAUUGGAGCCACUCAGAGCAAGCACUAUUGGAGCCACUCAGAGCCAGCAUUAUUGGAACCACUCAGAACAAGACCAGCACUAUUGGAGCCACUCAGAGCAAGACCAGCACUAUUGGAACCACUCAGAACAAGACCAGCACUAUUGGAACCACUCAGAACAAGACCAGCACUAUUGGAACCACUCAGAGCAAGACCAGCACUAUGGAGCCACUGGCACUAUUGGAGCCACUCAGAGCAAGACCAGCACUAUUGGAGCCACUCAGAGCAAGACCAGCACUAUUGGAGCCACUCAGAGCAAGACCAGCACAGCACUCAGAGCCAGCACUAUUGGAGCCACUCAGAGCACGACCAGCACUAUUGGAGCCACUCAGAACAAGACCAGCACUAUUGGAACCACUCAGAACAAGACCAGCACUAUUGGAACCACUCAGAACAAGACCAGCACUACUGGAGCCACUCAGAACAAGACCAGCACUACUGGAGCCACUCAGAGCAAGACCAGCACUAUUGGAGCCACUCAGAGCAAGACCAGCACUAUUGGAGCCACUCAGAGCAAGACCAGCACUAUUGGAGCCACUCAGAGCAAGACCAGCACUAUUGGAGCCACUCAGAGCAAGACCAGCACUAUUGGAGCCACUCAGAGCAAGACCAGCACUACUGGAGCCACUCAGAGCAAGACCAGCACUAUUGGAGCCACUCAGAGCAAGACCAGCACUAUUGGAGCCACUCAGAGCAAGACCAGCACUAUUGGAGCCACUCAGAGCAAGACCAGCACUAUUGGAGCCACUCAGAGCCAGCACUAUUGGAGCCACUCAGAGCACGACCAGCACUAUUGGAGCCACUCAGAACAAGACCAGCACUAUUGGAGCCACACAGAACAAGUCCAGCACUAUUGGAGCCACUCAGAGCAAGACCAGCACUACUGGAGCCACUCAGAACAAGAUCAGCACUAGUGGAGCCACUCAGAGCAAGACCAGCACUAUUGGAGCCACUCAGAACAAGACCAGCACUAUUGGAGCCACUCAGAACAAGACCAGCACUAUUGGAGCCACUCAGAACAAGACCAGCACUAUUGGAGCCACUCAGAACAAGACCAGCACUAUUGGAGCCACUCAGAGCAAGACCAGCACUAUUGGAGCCACUCAGAACAAGACCAGCACUAUUGGAGCCACUCAGAACAAGACCAGCACUAUUGGAGCCACUCAGAGCAAGACCAGCACUAUUGGAGCCACUCAGAACAAGACCAGCACUAGUGGAGCCACUCAGAGCAAGACCAGCACUAUUGGAGCCACUCAGAACAAGACCAGCACUAUUGGAGCCACUCAGAACAAGACCAGCACUAUUGGAGCCACUCAGAGCAAGACCAGCACUAUUGGAGCCACUCAGAACAAGACCAGCACUAUUGGAGCCACUCAGAACAAGACCAGCACUAUUGGAGCCACUCAGACCACUCAGAACAAGACCAGCACUAUUGGAGCCACUCAGAACAAGACCAGCACUAUUGGAGCCACUCAGAACAAGACCAGCACUAUUGGAGCCACUCAGAACAAGACCAGCACUAUUGGAGCCACUCAGAACAAGACCAGCACUAUUGGAGCCACUCAGAACAAGACCAGCACUAUUGGAGCCACUCAGAACAAGACCAGCACUAUUGGAGCCACUCAGAACAAGACCAGCACUAUUGGAGCCACUCAGAACAAGACCAGCACUAUUGGAGCCACUCAGAACAAGACCAGCACUAUUGGAGCCACUCAGAACAAGAUCAGCACUAUUGGAGCCACUCAGAGCAAGAUCAGCACUAUUGGAGCCACUCAGAACAAGACCAGCACUAUUGGAGCCACUCAGAACAAGACCAGCACUAUUGGAGCCACUCAGAACAAGACCAGCACUAUUGGAGCCACUCAGAACAAGACCAGCACUAUUGGAGCCACUCAGAACAAGACCAGCACUAUUGGAGCCACUCAGAACAAGACCAGCACUAUUGGAGCCACUCAGAACAAGACCAGCACUAUUGGAGCCACUCAGAACAAGACCAGCACUAUUGGAGCCACUCAGAACAAGACCAGCACUAUUGGAGCCACUCAGAACAAGAUCAGCACUAAAUUUCUCUUCUUUCCCAACAGAUUAUUAAAUCGCUCUUUAAGAAGAGCGUCGGUAAAUCCUUCCUCCUGA